GCAAGGUUAUUCUGACCUCUCCAGACAACCACAACACAAAGCAGCUCAUCUUUACCUCUGCAGAGAGCUUGAUGCCAGGAAGGAUACAGUUGAAACUCAGAAGAGGAUGUGUGUUGCAACAGGACAGUGAUCCAAAACACAGAAGCAAAUCAACAAGAGAAUGGCUUCAGAAGAUCUUCUGGAGUGACCCAGUCAAAGUUAACCCGAUUGAGAGGCUGUGGCAUGACAUCAAGACCGCUAGUCACACCAGACAUUCCAGGAAUUUUGCUGAACUGCAAGUUUUUUUCUUUUAAAGAGGAAUGAUCCAAAAUUCAUCCUGAUCAUUGUGCACGUCUGAUCUGCGAUUACAGGAAACGGGAAAUCCAGGUGUUCUCUUACUUUUUCCUCCCUAAAUCUGCUCUAUAAAAAUAUGAAAAAAUAUAUAUUUUUUGUAUGUCAUUAAUUUACACACACUCUUUAUUCAUGUGAUUUAGAUGAAGUUCAGACUCCAUUUUAUGACCACUUUAUGCAGAAAUGUUUCAAAUUCCAAAAGGUUAACAUACUUUUUUCUCCCACUGUUACUUUACAAAAAACAAGUUUUCUCUCUGCGGUAGAGUGAAUCAGACAUUACUUGUUUAGAUUUGCUUGUUUCCCCCAUGUAUGGGGAAUAUCUUGCUUCUUCAAAUCUGUUGCAUCAUCAUUGAUAAUGCUCCCUGGUGCGUAUUCUGCCUUAUAAGUCCCCAAGAUCUCAAUCAAUCAAUCAGUCAAUCAAUCUCAACCAUGGUUGACUUUACCUCUCUCUAUGUACGUCUUUUUUAUGUCGUGUCAUCAUCUGCGGAGAUUGAAAAAGUAACGAGCCUACUUGUAAUGUAAAGACUGGAAAGUACAGAUACAGGGGUGGCUUGAGGUAUGAAUGACUUGUCUUGGAGGUUUUCUGAAAUACGAGCCGUUGCCCAUCUGAUUUUUUUUGUCUUAAGAUACGAGCAAAAAUCUGAGGCACUGUUCUGUGUUUUGGGAACAGAUUAAUUAAUUUCCAUUCAUUACAAUUGCAAAAGAUUGGAGAAGAUUUUAUAUAUGGGUGUUUUGAGAUACGAUCGUGGUCACAAAAUUAAUUACACUCCUAUCUCAAGGCACCCCUCUGUUUUUAAAUGUUGGGAGUAAAAGUAAAAAGAAAAAAAAACAUGCAUAAUCAUGCUACGAAGAGCCUCUGUAACUUCCGCUACAUCCUGGGCUAAACUUAGUUCCUCCCGACAUAUAAACAAAUUAGAAAAGUCGAGAUGUAUCACUUCAACAUUCUUCCUUGACACCAAUUACUACUUUCCUAUUAGCGGGGUUUUGGUGCCGUCGUGCCAUCUUAGGGCCAUACUGAGAGAGCACAAAAACCUAAUCAAUCAGAUGGCUGUCUCGCUCUCUUGCAUAUAUCUUAAAGGGCAAUACACCCUCACUUUAAUCCCAAGAUGUUUCAACAACUGAUGUUUGUUUUUCUAGAGAUCCAUUAAGAAAAUUGGUUCACAUAUCUCAAUAUUGAUCUUGUAUUAAUAACUAUGUCACUUUGCUCUCAGAUUGUCACAGAUCCACUAUCGAUGGAGCACUUCAUCGGCCAAUCAGGGGAUCUUAGUCGGUCGCAGACGGUGGAGUUCUGCUUGGUGUGUGGAGACAAGGCUUCAGGCCGUCACUAUGGAGCGAUGAGUUGUGAAGGAUGUAAAGGCUUCUUCAAGCGGAGUGUGAGAAAAAACCUGACCUACAGCUGCCGCAGUAAGCAAGACUGCGUCAUCAACAAGCACCACCGCAACCGCUGCCAGUUCUGUCGGUUGAAGAAAUGCAUUAAUAUGGGGAUGAAGACUGACUCUGUUCAGAGUGAGAGGAAGCCUGCUGAUGUUGUGCCCCGAGAGAAACAUGUCAACUGUGCUCCCUCCACUCAAAAGAUCUACAUCCGCAAGGACAUGAACAGUCCGCUCAUUGCCACGCCAACCUUCAUCUCAGACACAGAAACAGAUGGCUCCAGCCUGCUGGACCAGGGGAUGCUAGUUAAUAUCCAGCAGUCUGUUGUGCAGAGUGAUGGAACGCUGAUGCUGACAACUGACUCACAGAUGGAGUCUGGUCAUGGUGACCUUGGGACACUCGCGAAUGUGGUGACAUCACUGGCCAGCCUGAGUGACUCUUUGAAACAGAACUUGAAAAAUGGAGAUUCAUCAGACUGCCAAUAUGUGGAAAGGAACACUACAGAGAUAACACGUGCCUUUGACACCCUGGCCAAAGUGCUCAAUCCACCUGAAGCGAAAAUCGUAGCUGACAAGUGUGUUAGUGAAACGACCUUUCAGCUAAUAGACCGAGACCAGGAAACUCCGAUCAUUGAGGUGGAAGGGCCGCUGCUCACAGACGGGCAUGUUAAUUUUAAGCUGACUAUGCCCAGCCCCAUGCCUGAGUAUCUGAAUGUACACUACAUCUGUGAGUCAGCUUCCAGGCUUCUCUUUCUUUCGAUGCACUGGGCACGUUCCAUCCCUGCGUUCUUAGCCCUCGGGCAGGAAGAAAAUAUUGGUUUGGUGCGAGCCUGCUGGAAUGAGCUGUUCACUCUGGGUCUCGCUCAAUGUGCUCAUGUGAUGAACCUGUCCACCAUCCUGGCUGCCAUUGUCAACCACCUUCAGAGCAGCAUCCAGGAUGACAAGCUGUCAGGGGAGAGGGUGAAGCAGGUGAUGGAGCACAUCUGGAAGUUCCAGGAGUUCUGCAACAGCAUGACGAGGUUGGAGACAGACAGCUAUGAGUACGCUUACCUGAAGGCCAUCGUGUUGUUCAGUCCAGAUCACCCUGGUGUUGACUGUGGCGGACAGGUGGAAAAGUUUCAAGAGAAAGCCUUGAUGGAGCUGCAGGACUACGUACAGAAAACAUAUCCAGAUGACACCUACAGGUUGACUCGCAUCCUGACUCGUCUCCCGGCGCUGCGCCUCAUGAACUCCAACAUCACGGAGGAGCUCUUCUUCACCGGCUUGAUCGGUAACGUCUCGAUUGACAGCAUCAUUCCCUACAUCCUCAAGAUGGAAACUGCUGAGUAUCACAGCCAGGACAUUGACCCCGCGGACUGACGCAUCCUCACCCGGGUGAUUUCGAAAAAAGUAUCAAAAUCUCCACUUCAGGUGCCCUUUGUUCCCCAGAGGUUUGUUCAAGGUUUAUAGUUGAAACUGUAAUGAGCAUCCUGCAGUGGCCUCAUUUCUCAUUAUUCACAAACUUCCCCUUUAAUUUUGGGGUAGAAUAAUAAAGAAUCCAACUAAAUACAGUUUAUAAAAGAAAAUAUGGCAUCUAAAUUUCUAAGUUGCCUGCAUUUCAAGGUAUGUUCAAAUAUGUGUGAGUUGCCUUGCGGUACAAAGUAGUAGUACCUAAUACCUGGUCAUGCGCUGUUCAUGUGAGCAAUUCAAAAUGUUAUUUAACAAGUAAUAUAAAUAUGCAUUGCAAUGGCUUUACUAAUCUCUUUCUCUCGCUUUUUUUUUUUUUUUUUUUAAUACGAUGAAUACAUGUAACCAACAACUGGAAGGAGACCAUCUAUCAGUUUCUCACAUUUGCUCAUGUAACAAAAGCAGACCUCAGUCUUUAAUCUGUAAGGAAAUUGCUUGUACAGUUCAUUGAUAUUAUUCUUUAUGUAUUUAUUCCAGUUUUUAGUUUGAGCUUUUUUUCAUGCAAUUGGCCAAAUGAGCGGAUUAGGUUGUAUAAUUAGUUUUUGUAAAUUGCCGAACGGCAUUUCUGAAGUUGUGGGUGUGUUUAUGUUGAUGCACACCUAGUUUCUGGCCUUGAAUACAUGGCUAAUGUAUCCCGUGCAAUCGCCUCAUCAAUUUUCCCUUUAUGACAAUCAUUGAUUUUUUUUUUUCCCUGGCCCUUUAUUGUCUCUCGACUGUUUGUCUCAAUUGUGUAUGUUUAUUUAUCAAAAGGAUUUAUUUUUACAUAUGUUUUGCUUUUCAAAUGUGUUGCUUAUGUGUACCUAUGCUACUGUUUUUGUGCUUGUGUUUGCAUUUGUACUCUGCUCAGUGCACAUCAGUCAGCUUUUGUGGUGUUCAUCCACAUCCAUCCUGACGAAACCUUUUGUGUUUUGUAUGUUUUCUGAAAACUACAAUUUGUUCUGAACAAUUUUGCUCGUCGCAUAAUAAGUGUACUUAAGUCAUUUUGGGCAGGUUUUCCUUAAUUUAAGGGGGGAAAAAAGAAUCCUUGGAAGCAAGUCCCAAGUACAUCGUCUUGAAGACUUUAUGCAGCUGCUUCCUGCUUGUAUGAUGAGAGAAAAAUGUAUCCAUGAACGAGAAUGGAAAACUAAAUGUUAGUAUAAAAGUGAAUGGUAAUAUUUGGGUUUAAAACUCAUUGAGACAGUUUGUAUAGGUGUUUGUUGGAACUUAGCUUUGUACAUGUAAUUUAAUUAAAAUGAGUGCAUGUUGUUUUUAAGCAAUUUUAUAACGUUUAUGCCGUCUGCCCUGUUAACAAUCAUUUUAUAGUGCAUUGUCGUGCAUGAAGAAGUGGCUCAUUGCAUUUUAUUAAAUGCCAUAUGAAAAGAGUUGAUUUAAAUGUGGUUACUAUGAACACCCACUUGGAAGAUGUUUGAUUUUUUUUUUUUUUUUUUAUCUUAGUGAUUUGAGUAUUCUCGGAUUAACAUUUUGUAUGACAUACAGUAUGUCUGUUUGUUUUUUGCUAAUGUAUAUGUACGGUUUUCUUUAAACAGAAAAUUUGAGUUAUUGUUUUACCCAAAUUGAUUGCAACCUUAUUUCUACCUCACUGACGAAGAUGUAACCCAUUGUAUUAGCUGAACUCCUAUAUUAACAUUCCAGCCUCUGAGGCUGGCUUUGUUAAAGCCACACACAAUGAAUAAACUUUUCCAUCCAA